UCACAAAAGCCACUAGUCGAUGAAUCGCCGCAGAAGAAUGGCACAAAGUGGACCCAGCAGGAAGAUGAGCUCAUUGUCUUAUUAAGGGGCCAAGGUAUGAAGUGGGAGGGCAUUUCCAAGAGGAUUCCCGGACGGAGUGCCAUCUCAUGCCGACUUCGCUAUCAGAACUACCUCAAGAAGCGCGCACACUGGGACGAGGAUAAGAAAAAUAAGCUCGCGCGACUCUACGUCCGGUAU